AUGGACGCGUUAAAGACCGUCAUACAGGAGGCAGCGAAGCUCAAGAGGGAUGAAGGCAUAAUGCGCCUGAGCAGCUGUUUUCAGUGGAGAGAGUUUGAAGGCGACGACCAGAAGCAGUAUAUACACCAAGAAUUUGUGUAUGAGAAUGUGAUGUACUCAGUACAGCGUGGGCUUCCAUGGACUGCAGUGGCCCAAAUAGCAAAUCUGAGUAAAGAGCUCCUCCCUGAGUUUAGAGGUUUGGAGAGAUCUGAAGUACUGUCUUUGAUCCAGACACGACUGUCACAGUUUGAUCAACGACUGCCUCCCUGUCAUCACGCCACCAUGUAUGACUUCAUGGUGCAGAACUAUAUCCGUCAUCAGUGCCUCUAUCAAGCGUUUUUAAAAGGAGAGCUGAACCCUAAGUGCAUGUACUCUCACCUUGAUAUUCAUGUUCCACCACGUCCACUACCACUAUCUGAGGGAACAGAGUUGGAAGUCUGGGAGAAGCAGCAGGCUUUGAAAAAACUAACAGCAGCCGAGACAGUGAAGCUUGCAGAAAUCCAAAGACUGAAAAAACAGGCUGAGGUACAAAUAAUGGAGAAGCUGCAAGUCAGUCUCAGUGACCUUUCACUGGAGGACAGACUAGAAAAACAGGCACUGGAAAGCAUGGUUCGCUCCUUUCUGCAGUCAGAAGUAGGCAUGAUAAAGGAGAUUUUAAUAAAGGAAAUCACAGCUGUACAAGAGCUGCUGGAAAUAAGAUGGAGGCAGACAGCUCUACAUGGAACAGGACCUUCUUCAGAUGCAUCAGACUUCUCACAAAAAGAAUCUACAUCUGGCUCCACAAAAACGAAAAAGAAAUGA